UAAACUGAGAAAGAUUAUUGAAAUGAAAAGUCAUGAGAAAGUAGUUGAGUAGCCCUGCAAUAAAUGAUCAAAUGAAAUGACAUGCACUAAUCCUAACUUCCAGAUGGUUCUUGUUUUUCAGAAGGAGGCAGGAGACAGCAGACUCCCCUGGACCAAGCUGUGUCUCCAUGAAGAGUGACCACUAUAUGGGUAGAUCCUGAAAUGCUUGGAGGCGUCUUCCUCUCCAGCUCAGCUCCUUCUUCUUUCCCGCAGCUUUCAGAAUAGCCUGUCUGUCAUUCCACCUAAGCUUCCGCAUUAGGGGAGCUUCGAGGGAUCCGUUCUGAAUUUGUGAAGGGAGUUUCAGACCCAGUUAUCAAAGGUCUCCUGGAUGACCUUUAUCAUCAUGAAGUGUUCAGUUCUGAGGAAAAGGACUCUGUGAUGGAGGAGCAGAGGAGCAGAGCGGACCAAGCACGUUGUUUGAUCGACAUGGUGAUCGGUAAAGGGGAGAGAGCAAGUCAGAUGAUGAUCGAUGGUAUCAAGGAGAGGGACAAACACUUAUGCAUCAACCUGGGUCUGAUCUCUUCUCUUGCUGGUGUGGGAUCUGCUGCUGAGGAGUGCCGACGUAAAAUCAAGUCUCAUUUGAAGGACAAGUUAUGGUGUGUGUUUGAGGGAAUCGCUAAAGCAGGACAUUCAACACCUCUGAAUGAGAUCUACACAGAGCUCUACAUCACAGAGAGUGGCAGUGGAGAGGUCAACAAGGAACAUGAGGUCAGACUGAUUGAAACAGCUUCCAGGAAACCAGUCAAGGAGGAAACAUCGAUAAAAUGUGGAGACAUCUUCAAACCCUUACCUGAAAAAUGUAAACCAAUCAGGAAAAUAAUGACAACUGGAGUGGCUGGCAUUGGUAAAACCAUCUUAACACACAAGUUCACUCUGGACUGGGCUGAAGGCAACGCCAACCAAGACAUACACUUCACGUUUCUCUUCCCUUUCAGAGAGCUGAAUUUACUACAAGGGACAGAGUUUAGCUUGGUUGAACUUCUUCAUCAUUUCUUUAUUCAGACCAAAGAAGCAGGAAUCUACAGAUAUGACCCGUUCCAAGUUGUCUUCAUCUUGGAUGGUCUGGACGAGUGUCGACUUCCUCUGAACUUCCAGAACAACCAAAUCUGGACUGAUGUCACAAAGUCGACCUCGGUGGACGUGCUGCUGACAAACCUCAUCAGGGGUAACCUGCUUCCCUCUGCUUGCAUCUGGAUAACCACACGCCCUGCGGCAGCCAAUCGGAUCCCUGCUGAGUGUGUUGACAGGGUGACAGAGGUGAGGGGGUUCACCGACUCACAGAAGGAGGAGUACUUCAGGAAGAGAUUCAGAGAGGAGACACUGGCCAACACAAUCAUCGCCCACAUCAAGAAAUCACGAAGCCUCCACAUCAUGUGUCACAUCCCAGUCUUCUGUUGGAUCACUGUUAAAGUUCUGAACGACUUCUUCAAAUCAUCCCAGCUAGGAGAAGAGAUGCCCAAGACCAUGACUCAGAUGUACAGCCACUUCCUGAGGUUUCAGUCCAUGCAGGGGGGCAGGAAGUAUCAUGGGAGAGCUGAAACAGAUCAACACUGGAGUCCAGAGAGCAGGAAGAUUAUUGUUUCUCUGGGAAAACUGGCUUUUAAGCAACUUGAGAACGGCAACCUGAUCUUCUACGAGGAAGACCUUGCAAAGUGUGACAUCAAAAUCAAAGAAGCCUCAGAGUACUCAGGAGUGUUCACCCAGAUCUUUAAAGAGGAGUGUGGGCUGUACCAGGAUAAUGUGUUCUGCUUUGUCCACCUGAGCAUCCAGGAGUUUCUGGCUGCCCUUUAUGUCUUUAUGUCAUUCAUCGACACUGGGAUCAAUCUGCUCUCAGGACAACCACAAUUCCACUGGUCUAUUUUUCCUAGAAACAAAGGAAAUGUCAAACUCUACCAGAGUGCUGUGAACAAGGCCUUAAAAAGUGAGGACGGACGCCUGGACUUGUUCCUCCGCUUCCUCCUGGGCCUCUCUCUGGAGACCAAUCAGAUUGUCCUACGAGGUCUACUAGGACAGACAGGAAAUAGCUCAGAGACCAGUAAGAAAUUGGGCUCUUACAUUAAGAAGAAGAUAGGUGGAGAUCUCUCUACAGAGAAAAAAAUCAAUCUAUUCCACUGUCUGAAUGAGUUAAACGACCGUUCUCUAGUGGAGGAGAUCCAACAGUACGUCAAAUCAGGAAGACUCUCCAAAGAAUAUCUCUCUCCUGCUCAGUGGUCAGCUCUGGUCUUCAUCUUACUGUCAUCAGAAGAGGAGCUGGACGUGUUUGACCUGAAUAAAUACUCUGCUUCAGAGGAGGGUCUUCUGAGGCUGCUGCCAGUGGUGAAAGCCUCAAAAACAUCUCUGUAG